GCACGUUUACGUUGUGAAGUUAAUAUUGGUGCACUUAAACAACAAAUGGAAAAACAUGCACAUGAAAAUAAUGAACAAAUUGAAGAUCGUAUGCGUUCAUUGAAUAAACAAUUGAAAGAAUAUGAAAUUGAACUUGAUGAAGAAAGAAAAGUGAAACAACAAACACUUCAACAACGUAAAAAAAUUGAAAUUGAUCUUCAAGAUUCACGUCAACAAAUUGAAGAAGCUAAUAAACAAAAAGAAGAAGCAUUACGUAAUUCACGUCGAUUACAAACACAAAUUCGUGAAGUAACACGAGAAUUAGAAGAAAUUCGAGUUGUUCGUAAUGAUACACUUGCUAGUGCGAAAGAAUGGCAAGGAAAAAUAAAAACACUUGAACAAACUGUUCAACAAUUAAUGGAUGAAAAAGAUCUUGUUGAUCGACAACGUCGACAAGCACAAGUCGAACGUGAUGAACUUCAACAAGAAUUAGCUGCUAUUGGUAGUGGUAAAGGUGCAUUUAUCGAUGAAAAACGUCGACUUGAAGCACGUAUAGCUCAACUUGAAGAAGAAUUAGAAGAAGAACAAACAAAUACAGAAUUAACUGGUGAUAAACAUAAAAAAUUAGCAAUGACUGUUGAACAACUUAUGCUUGAUCUUGCUGCUGAAAAAGCAAAUAAUCAAAAAGCUGAAGCUGUACGUAGUAAUCUUGAACGACAAAAUCGAGAAUUACGUGAAAAACUUGAAGAAAAUGAAGAAUUUGGUAAAGGAAAAUCUCGAGCAAUGCUUGGAGCACUUGAAGCCAAAGUUCAUGCACUUGAAGAACAACUUGAUGGUGAAGUUCGAGAAAAACAAAAGAUUAGUCGAAGUGUUCGUACAUUAGAAAAACGUCUUCGUGACGCCAGUGGUCUUGCUGAUGAAUCUCGAAAACAAGCUGAAGGCUUUAAAGAACAAGCUGAAAAAGCAAGUAUGCGUGUACGUAACAUGAAACGACGAGAAGAAGAAUUAGAAGAAGAAGUUACACAAAUGAAACAACGUUUACGUAAAGCUUUACGAGAAAAAGAUGAAAUUGAAGAGAAUCCAGCGUAUACACGAACUCGCCCUUCAACAGCUCAUAAUUCGUCAACAUCAUAUGUUCGAACACUUGUAACAUCAACAAAAUAUUAUUCCGAAUUAUCUGAUGAUGAUUUACAAUCUGAAGCAACAAACGCAAGUGUAUCUGAGACACUUAAUGGCGGUGGAAAUUCAACUAUACGAAACAUGUCAAUUGGCGAAUUCAAUAAUGGCAAUCAUUAA